CUCUGUUUUGACUCAGAAGUGCAAAAAUGUUACAUAUUUCAGCUGUGGCCUUAUUUCUCUUUGAGAUGGGUCUUCUCAGAGUUAUGUUUUCAACAGCAAGUACACAGACUCAUCCAGGACAGAGAGUCACUAUGUGGUGUUCACACAAUAUCCAUGUUUCUGGAUAUCUGUACUGGUUUAAACAAUCAGACGAUGCUGUACCCAUUACUAUUGUGUACAUGUUAUACACCGAAAGUCUUCGGAAGGUUGAGCCAACAUAUUUCAACAAUUUCACAAAAGAUCACUUGGUCAUGGAUCUGUUCAACAAAGUCACCACCCUAACAAUCACGCAAGUGAAAAUGUCUGAUUCUGGAUUCUACUUUUGUGGAACUACAGAUUAUGAUGUGAAAUUCGGCAAUGGAACCAGACUUGAAGUAAAAGGUAAUGUUUUUGAACCUCUCUCCCUAUACUCUACUCUAGUUUUUAUUUACUGUUUAUAUCACAUUUUUAUUCUCACUUUGUCAUUAAUAGCAAAUAUUGAAAAACACCAUCAUUUAAAUGCAAUUGAAAAUGCCACAAUGAUAAAUGACUGGCCAGCUGUUUUCAUAACAGAGAAAAAUUACACAGGAACCUCAAAAAAGGAUCAUGAGCAAUCAGCCGUGUCUGAGGAGUGUUCUAGAGACAUCUAUUUCAAACUGACCCUUCUAUUUGGUGGAAUCAUUUCUUUUACAUGCAUCGUUUCCCUUAUUUUGGGGAUUAUCAGGGAACACAGAAGACAGAAGCACAAAAAAGUUGCUGAAUGUCAAUCACAACAGCAGGAUGACAAGGAAAAUGAUUCAGUAGAAUAUGCUGCUGUUUAUUUCUCAAACCAAAGACCCAAAAGAGCAGGACGACAUACUGAGGACCCAAUUUCUGUGUACACUGAUACCACUUGAAAAAUAAAACAAACUCAAACAUAUUAUUAAUUUAUUACCUAUGGUUUAUUUUUGACAGCAAAAUAGUAAACCUGUUUAAAGAAAUGUAAUUGAGGCGAUCAGAGAUCUGUCUUUCCUUUGCAUUGUUGUACAUAAUGGUGAAGUUCAUUAAAAUUGCAUUGCAGUUUACUUCGACUCCUGAUAUUAAUUUAAUCUGACUCUAGAUCACAAAGUCCUUGAAUUUAUAUUGCAAAUAAACAUCAGUGAUUUUUUAAUAUUGAAUCUCAAUUCGAAUGCAGCUCGGAUGCAGUUGGCCUUUAUAAAAUAAUUUCAUGGUCCCAAACAUACCAGUUUUGAUAAUAAUAUUUAAUGUUUUUUUCUUGCUCAUAAUCAAUAGUAGAUCUGCUUAGUCACUUUCAUACACUUCAGUCAAAUGGUUACGUAGAAAGCUACAGUCCCGACUGAUUGUCACAUGCUUCAUUAAACCCUGGAUCUUCAGAGAACUAAAAUGAGGGUAAAAUCAAGUUUAAUAAUUUUUGGUCCAGGUUAAAUGUCUGUCAAUAAUAGAAUUCAGAUGUUAUCAAUAAAAGACAUGUUCAAAGACACAAUAAAGUCAAACAUGCAUUUUAGGUCUUUGUAAAGCUGCUUUGGAACAGUUUUUUUUUUUU